AUGUCUUCCUCCUCUGCAACCCCGACGAACGAAUGGCUCGUCAUUGUUCCCGACCACCCCAACGCCCUGGAGAAACGGCUGGCCGUCCGGCCUCAGCACCUCCAAGGGCUGAAACCCAAGAUUGACGCUGGCAUCGUGGUCUUUGGUGGUGCAACCCUGUCGCAACAGCCCGCCGAGGGAGAGACGCCGAAUAUGACGGGCAGUGCCAUGUUAAUCAAGGCAAACACCGAGCAAGAGGUCAGAGACUUUUUGGACAGUGAUCCGUACACAAAGGGAGGAGCGUGGGAUGCGAGCAAGGCGCAGAUAAUGCCUUUCAAGUGUGCGGUUCGGACGGCCCUGUGA